AUGAGUGACAUCAAAGUCCCACAAUCAUUAUCAGUUAUCCAAGCUACAACGACAAAUAAAAUGAAGUGGAUUAGUAAAAUUGCUUAUGGAACGGGUCAAAUGCUUAAAGAUCUUGUUUUGGGAUUUAUCAGUAUAUUCUACAUCAUAUUCUAUGAAGGUUGUAUCAGUUUGAGUAGUUCACAAGUUGGGGCAUUAUUACUGUGUGGUCAGAUUGCCAAUGGAUUAGCCACACCAUUGAUUGGUUAUUUAUCAGAUCGUCCACUCGGUCUAACUGAAAAACCGGCAACUGCUCACCAGUCGAUAACGUGUGAAGAUGGAAGUGUAAAGAAGGAUAAGAGGUUGUUCAGUCGAAUGAAACGACAGUUGAGACUUGGACAGAGAAAGUCAUGGCAUUUAGGUGGAUGUUUAUUGAUAUUUAUUGCCUUUCCGUUGAUGUUCGGACAACCGGAAUAUUUUAUUGGUCUUCCAAUUGUGGUGAAGUUAUUGAUCAAUGGCAUGUUUAUGAUUUGUGUUCAGGUAUGUUUUAUUGUGUGA